AUGGCUCUCGAAAAGGAGACCACCUCUUCACCUCCCCAAGAUCAUGAAAAGGGUAUAAUUGAGAACAUCGAACUAGACCGUCUAGGCUACAAACAAGAACUACAUCGCAAUCGCUCAGUCCUAACUCUUCUCUUCCAAACUCUCGCCAUAGCAGCAAUCCCCUAUGGCGAAGGCUCAGCUCUCUCCUCCGCCAUCUAUGGCGGCGGUCCUCUCUCAAUCUUUAUAGGUUGGAUAGUCGUCUGCCUCCUCGACCAAUGCAUCGCCCUCUCCCUCGCCGAGCUCGCCUCCCGCUACCCAACUUCCGCAGGUCCUUACUACUGGACCUUUCAAAUCUCUCGAAAGAAAACAACCAUCUCCUUCAUCAACGCCUGGAUCUGGCUAAUCGGAAACUGGACCAUAACCCUCUCCGUAAACUUCGGCUUCGCCUCUAUGCUCUCAGCAACGAUCUCAAUCUACCACCCAACCUGGUCAGCAUCAACCUGGCAACUCCUCCUAAUCUUCUACGCAGUCUGCCUCACCUCCCUAACAAUCUGCAUCUUCGCAAACAAUCACCUCCCCCUCCUCGAUACUGUCUGCGCAACAUGGACCCUCCUCACAAUAAUAAUCAUCCUAAUUGCCAUCUCCAUCAACCCACACACCCCCCGCCACUCCCCAUCAUACACCCUAUCCCACUACGAUAAAUCCUUCGCCGGUUGGGGAAACUUCACCUUCUUCAUCGGUCUCCUCCCACCAGCAUACACCUUCUCCGCAAUAGGAAUGAUCUCCUCAAUGGCUGAAGAAUCAACAAACCCAGCUAUCAAAGUCCCACGCGCAAUGGCCCUCUCCAUCCCCGUCGGCGGAACAGCGGGUCUAUUCUUCAUUAUCCCCAUAUGCGCAACCCUACCACCUUUGCAAGAUAUAAUCAAUGCACCAGCAGGACAGGCACUCCCAUAUAUCUUGGCCCGUGUAAUGGGUUCCCCCGGUGGUCUGGGCCUCAUCUCCCUCGUCCUGGUUAUAACAAUCUUCUGCUCGAUAAGUAUAACAGUCGCUGCUUCCCGCGCUACUUGGGCUGUCGCCCGUGAUGAUGCCAUACCGCUAGCGAGACUGUGGGCGCGUGUCAAUGAGCACUGGGGUGUACCAGUGUGGGCAUUGGUUUUGUUGACGGGGAUUCAGAUGUUGCUUGGUUUGAUUAACCUCGGGAGUACGAGUGCGUUUACCGCGUUUGUUUCUGUUGGGGUCAUUGGACUUGCGGCGGCUUAUGCUAUUCCUAUCUUUUUGAGUUUAUGGUAUGGUCGUGAGGAGGUUGUUAAGGCGCCUUGGAAUUGUGGGAGGGUUGGGAGGGUUGUUAAUGUUGUUGCGUUGAUUUGGAUUGCCUUUGAGUUGGUUCUUUUUAGUAUGCCGACUGCUUUGCCAGUUACAGCUGCCUCGAUGAAUUAUGCUUCAGUUGUUUUUGUUGGAUUUAUGGUUAUUUCGGCGGUUUGGUUCUUGGUUUACGCAAGGAAAUCUUAUAAGGGUCCUCCAGAGUCGGAUGCUCUUGAUCAUAACUUGACUAUAUGA